AUGUCGGCGGCCAUCAAGUCGACAUCGGCUCGUCGCUUUGCGCCGACGACCUACGAGAACACCUGCAAUCGGUGCAAUCACCUGGUCUACUCGGCGGAGAAGAUUGGUCCUCUGAAAGACUUUACCUUCUACCACCACGGUUGUUUCAAAUGCGCCGCUUGUGGUUCAAAAUUGACGUUGAAAACGUACUACAACAACCAACAGGACCAGGAUGAUAAGGAGGUCUACUGUGCCAGUCACGUGCCGAAGACUGGUCCGGGCAAGUUGGACGGCCUCUCUGUGGGCAUCAAACAGGCGUUGAAUGUGCCUCGUCGUGGCCACCACCUGGUGAACGACCAGAUUCGCGGAUCGGGCUCUAAGCCGGCACUAGGCGCUGAUGCACUGCUCAUCAAGACGGCCAGUCAACAGUCAACGAUAGCACAUGACGCCAACUCGCCGUACUACCAACAGCAACAACAACAGUUGUACGGAGGCCAGCACCACCCCGGUCAGUCUGCCCAGUCAUCGUCUCAGCACUACCCCGCCAAACCUCACCACUACCCAGCUGGUCACUUUGACGCCUCUGCGUUGCACAUUCAGCAUGCCGUCAACCAGACGAAGAUGCUCAAUCGCUCAAAUGGAAUGCUGCGGCACAGUGUCCGCCCGGGCAUCGAGAGUCGCAUCAACGAUUUCUUGGACUCUGAAACGCAACGACGUCUGGAGAUGCUGCACCGAGGCGAAGAGGACGACCUCUACAGGCAGUUCUCGAAGAAGCGUGCAGAAGAGGAACAAAACGUGAACACGGUCAUUCAGGAGGAGUGGGAAAAAGAGCUGGAGAAGCUCACUGCCCGCUACCACUAUGAGAUGACGAAGAAGCAGAAAAAGAUCUCCAUGGACGAGGAACGGGCAAUGACGCUACGCCACCAGAAAGACAAGGACGAUCUAGAGAAGAACAUGACCAUCAAACUGGAUCGGAAGAAGGAGUCACUGACCAAGAAGCUGCUAGAAGCCGAACGGCAUGCCACUGCAGAGCUGGUGGAGAAGCAGAGUAAGGAGAUGAUGAACCUCAUUACGGAGAAGCUGCAGGAGUUUACCAUCAGUCGCAGUGCCAGCAAUGGGAGCUCUUACAACUCAGGCAUUCCCGUCGCCUCGUACCCCAGCGCUCCGCCGCCACCUAAUGUGCCUACGAUAUCAAAGCUGGACAUUUACAGUGAUCCGAAUGUCUUUGCCGAGCUAGAUCAAAUUGCCAUUAAUGUCGCCCGUGAGGAUCAGAAGACCUUCACCGACCUCGUCCGCCAGCUGACGGUGAGCUGUGUGACGGACGUGGAGAAAGCUCGUGCCAUCUUCCGGUGGAUUACCGUGAAGAACCUCAACACGAUCAAGUUCGACGACAACCUGAGCGCCGAUACGCCCAUGGGCAUACUGCGCGGCAUCAAACACGGCACUGAGAGCUACCACGUUCUCUUUAAGCGACUCUGCAGUUACGCCGGUUUGCACUGUGUGGUGAUCAAGGGCUACUCAAAGAGUGCCGGCUAUCAACCGGGUGUGCACUUUGAAGACACUCGAUUUCGCAACUCGUGGAACGCGGUCUACGUCGCCGGUGCCUGGCGUUUCGUCCAGUGCAACUGGGGCGCUCGUCAUCUGGUCAAUGCCAAAGCGGACACUCCGAACACGGGCAAGAGCUCCAGCGACAGUCUGCGCUACGAAUACGAUGACCACUACUUCCUGACGGACGCCAAAGAGUUUAUCUACGAGUUUUUCCCGCUGCAGCCAGAGUGGCAACUCCUUCGCUGUCCAAUCAGUCUGCGCGAGUUUGAGGAGCUGCCCUUUGUGCGGUCGCUCUUCUUCCGCUACGGCUUGUACUUUGUCGAUGAGGACAUUCAGGCGGUACUGCGCACCGACAGCUCAGGCGCGGCGACGGUGCGCAUCGGAAUGCCCAGUCAGAUGACGCCCAGUCUCAUCUUCCACUACAACCUCAAGUUAAUUGAUGGAAGCACAGACACCUUUGAGGGCGUCAUUCUGAAGCGCUUUGUCAUGCAGUCCGUCACCGGAAAUGUGGUCACCUUUCGCGUGCAUGCACCUUGUCCGGGCGCCUUCAUUAUGGACAUCUUUGCCAAUGCGACCACACCACGGGAGUACGUCACCGGGGAGCCGAUGAAGUUCAAGUCUGUUUGCAAGUUCAAGAUUGUCUGCGAUGAGUUGCGCACUGUGAUGGUGCCGCUGCCUGACUGCGCCAGCGGCGAGUGGGGUCCUCUCAAGGCGACGCGACUCUUUGGUCUGGUGCCAUUGACUCACGAGGAGGCGCUUAUUUUUUCCGGUCGGGAGCUGGAGACGCAGUUUCGAAUGUCACGCCCGCUCACCGAUUUUAUGGCCUCACUGCAUAUGAAUGGCGUAGACGAGCGUCGUCUGUCCCGAUACGUUUCAGUGUCCAUUGACGACGACGACGAUCUGGUCACCUUUCGCAUUCGCUUUCCUGAGGAGGGCCAGUACGGACUGGACAUCUACACGCGGGAAUUGCACUGUGCGGAGAUGUUCAAUGCAGAUAAGCAGCUGCUGACGCACUGCUGCAAGUACCUCAUCAAUGUCACCUUUGCCCACUCAAAGGGGACCAAGUGA